AUGGCCGAAAUGGGCUUCCUAGAGCCCGAGGCACCUCUGCCCACCCCUGCUGUCACCAACAAUCCCCCUGAAAAUACCCUUGAGAAGGAAUCUUGGAAGCAUCGUCCACCCUACAACCGACAGAGUCAUGAAGAGGAAGGUCCGGUCAAGCUGCGUGCCUUUUGCCAGUGUCGGAAGAUCUCAUAUAUCUUAAGACAAGAGAAGCCACUCGACGCCAAAUUCUGUCACUGUCGUGGAUGCCAGGUCAUGCAUGGCGCUCCUUUCCAAUGGGCCGCUAUCUUUCACAAAAAGGACAUCUCUUUCAAUACUGGCUCCUGUGGUUUAAAUUUCUAUUCUUCCUCCAAGAAUAGUCAAGACUAUCACACUCCGACCAAGGUCUCGUGUGCCUUCUGCCAUACUUUGAUCAUGGAUGAAGGCCGCAAUGUCUGUCUGCUCUUUCCACAGUUAAUUGAGUUUGAGGGCUCGGUUGAACAGCAGAAAAAACAGCGAGAACUCUUCAAACCUACGUGUCACAUCUUUUAUGAACAACGUAUCAUGGAUAUUACGGAUGGGAUUACAAAAUGGUCCGCUAUGAAUGACCAAAGUGACCGAUUGGAUGACUCAGGUCGUCGAAUUUAA